AUGGACGAGGAGCAUAUGAACGAACCAAUGGACGCACCUAUAGACGAUGCUGCCGAGCCAACGAUCUCAUGUCCGUUAUGCAGAUACGCCACGGAUUAUAUUCAGUCAUAUCACUUUCUUCUUGAAGAGCAGCAUAAGAAUAGAGUUGGAACUGGAAAGUUGAUUCGUCGCCACUAUACCUCUAUCCUGCGUUUUACUGAAGAGCAGCGCUCGCAAGAAGUGACGGCGUAUGACUACUGCUGGAAAAUAGCCCGGCGUGUCUUUAAGAAAGAUUAUUUUAAUCAAACUUGGAUCGAUCGAUUUAAGGACCACCUGUUUUUCCUUCGCGACUUCCUGGAGGUGCCUCUAUUCCGAAACGAGCCAUAUACUCUCGACCCCGAUAUUUUUGCGAUUUUAAAACUAGCAAACCCUAACAAAGGACUUCGAGCCCGGGGCCACAUAUGUUUGCCCCCGGAACUUAUCUAA